CAGCCUUAUUCAGAGCAUCACUUUGGGUUUUCGCACUUUGGGUUUGUCUCAGAAAACGCAGAAUCUUCAGAAUAUUAGGGUUUCGAAUCGCUCGCUGUGAUGGCGCUGUUUGGCCGAGUCAGAUCGGGGAUCUCUCUCUUCAACAAAUUAGGGUUUCUUACUUCCCAGAGAUCCACUAUCCAACGCUCCCUCGUUGCCCCUGCCAUUCCCCUGGUCUCCAGAAAUUAUGCCAACGUCCCGGGGCAAAAGGAAGACAAAGUUAAGGUCCCUGUGGCCAUGUUUGGAGGUUCAGGAAACUAUGCCUCUGCUUUGUAUAUUGCAGCAGUGAAAACUAAUGCUGUGGAAAAGGUUGAGUCUGAGAUUCUCACAUUUGUUGAGGUGGUAAAGAAUAGUAAUGUUAUUUCACAUUUUAUAAAGGACUUGUCUGUGAAAAAGGAUGUUAGAGUUAAGGUCAUCCAGGAGAUUUGUGCUGAAGCUAAGUUUUCAGAUGUUACAAAGAACUUCCUUGUUGUCGUUGCUGAGAAUGGGAGGCUUAAAAACAUAGACACCAUUGCUAAGAGGUUUAGGGAGUUGGCAAUGGCAUACAAGGGAGAAGUGAAAGCGAUUGUGACCACUGUCUUUCCUCUUCCCCCUGAAGAGGAGAAGGCACUGAAGGAGACUCUUCAGGAAAUGAUAGGUUCUGGGGCAAAGGUUCAUCUUGAACAAAAGAUUGAUCCAAGCAUACUUGGUGGUCUAGUGGUGGAAUUUAGCCAGAAGGUCUUUGAUAUGUCCAUUAAGACUAGGGCACAACAAAUGGAGAGGAUCCUCCGAGAGCCCAUUAAUAUUGGAAACAUCUAGAAAACAAUUUUCCCCUGAUAAUUGUGUCAUCAUGGUUUAACGAAAGAAGCAUUACAUUCUUGUUUAUUAUAAAUUGUGUGGAUCUGGAUUUGUAUGGGAUAGAAUGCCAUCACUUUGCAAAUAAAAAGAUACCUCUUACAAUUUCCUGUUA